CUCCACUGACCUUUUUCACCUUGAUUAGGAUGAAGGAUGAAAAUCAGCAGCUGUUUUCUGUGGAACAGGGUUUCUGGAGGAACUUGCUUCUUUCUUUUUGGAUUAUAUUGGCAUAAAGACAUCAAGAUAUUGAAUGGAAAAUGGUGUGAGUUUAUACACGCCAGUCAGUGUUCCAUCAGUUUUUGAAGCAGCUUUGGUAAUGCACUGCUGACAUGGCUGAACAAAGGCAACGUACUUUGUCAACAUCAGGGGAAGCAUUAUAUGAAAUCCUGGCCCUAGAGAAGGGAGCAACACAUGAUGAGAUUAAGAAGUCUUACAGAAAACUGGCUCUGAAAUACCAUCCCGACAAGAACCCAGACAAUCCAGAGGCUGCAGAAAAAUUUAAAGAGAUUAACAAUGCUCAUGCAACAUUGACUGAUCUGUCCAAGAGAAACAUAUAUGACAAGUAUGGAUCCUUAGGGCUCUAUGUGGCAGAACAGUUUGGUGAGGAAAAUGUUAACACCUACUUCAUGCUCUCAAGCUGGUGGGCAAAGGGCCUGUUUGCAGUCUGUGGCCUGCUGACAGGCUGCUACCUCUGCUGCUGUCUCUGCUGCUGCUGCAACUGCUGCUGUGGGAAGUGUAAACCCAAAGCACCCGAAAGGGAAGAGCAGGAGUUUUGUGUGUCUCCAGAAGAUUUGGAAGAGCAAAUUAAGAAUGACAUGGAAAGAGAUGGAGAAACUCCUAUCAUGCUUCAGCCAACUAAUGCGACCGAGAAGACACAGCUAAUAGGGGACAGCCGUCGGAGCUAUCACACAGACUCCUAGAGCCAGCAAACACAACCUGUUGGUGAUUCCCACUGAGAACAAAUACACUGAUAAGCUUUGCAGCCUGUGUUUGUAGUUGUCUUUAAGCUAAUCAAGAGUAACCUGAGAGAAUUUCCUAUCAAAGCAGAAUCUCCCUCUAGGCCACUUCCAAUAGGUUGAUAUCUGCACUCUGCAAGGAGAUAUCUAGGGCCGCUGUAGAGCUCUACAGACCAGCAUACUGGUCUCUUAUGGCUUCAAACUGCCAGGCUCAGCAUGGUCUUUCCCUCUAACAAUACUCGCUUUGGUAUAGUUGCUCUCCUCCAGGCCCUUAGCUGUGGGUCCCAGACACAAUCCCAAGUCCCUUUCUGGACACAUCAGCUCCAUCUCUGCCUGCCCUGGCAAUACUCCUCGCAUGCUGCAGUUUUGCUGUAUGUGAAGCAUUCCCAUGAAGGGAAUCCUGCAAAUGCUCUUUAGCAUAGCUCAGAGGCAAAGUUGGUGACAAGGCAGAUGGGUCUGUCCUUCCAGGAGACUAAAUGCUAUUUGGAAAGCAGUGAGCAGGUUGCCUGGGCCCAGCAUUGGUGAUUAUAAACUUGAGCCAGGACAAAGUGCUUGGAGAUUGUUCUGAUGAUGAUUACAACAUGCAUCUCUCCAAAUCCUGUAGCCUCAUCCAGCACCAGAAGCACACAAGGGCUUUGUGCCUUCCGCUGCAAACACAGGAGACGGUGAGCAAGCACCUUGUGGAGGAGGAGGCUGCUCUGGGCUGCCCCAGUGCCUCUCUCCUGUCCCCAUAGCUGGUGAAGGCCCCAAGACAAA